AUGACUGGGGGCUCAUUGGGGCUACGCUCAGGGAGCUAUGGAUCACUGCAGCAGCAUCUGCCCAACGAUACCAGGUUGCCGAUUCAGCAGACGACAGGUAAUGGUCGCAAGAACCAGAGGAUGUCGCUCUCAGGCGGGAAGGAAAAGGGUCAGUCCCGGAUCUACAGGCUGUGUUUUCCAAUCAGAGUCGGCGUGUACCUCGCGUUUAUGGCAUCUGUCGGUGCUCUCAUGAUCGUGAUGGCGGGCGUGUUUCUUUUCAGGAGAGGUAAGGCCUUCAAUCGCGUACCCCAGAGAACUUUUUCCUUCCUCUUGUCUUUGAUUUGGGAUGGUAAUUUUGCUCCUCCCGAAGUUCUGUCAUCGCCAUGCACAUUUCUCUACAGUACCUUCGCCGUUUGUAAGGUUUCACCCUGCGGAAGACUGUAGUAGAGCGGAGAUGACUUCAAAUGCAGGUUGUAAAAUGAUUUUCCGUUAUUGAUCGAUUGCCUUUUUAGGCUAGGGUAGAAGGUUUCUUUUGAAAGUGGAUGGCAGCCACUAAUUCGCCCAAGGGUACAAACGUACGAGAUCGUUUGAUGUGUAUACAGGUCAUUCGGACCUCCCUGUGAGAAUUGCAUUGGGCUCUUUAUCUAGUAAAAGAAAGAGAAAAAGGAAAGGUCGAGAAAUCCAUCUGGUCUGGUCCCGGGUUUGGUUCCUUUUACCUCCUCAUUUUGGGGAUUUCUUUUCUUCCCUUCUCAAAAGGAAAAAGAAAAUUUAAUGAACUCUCUCAUCAUGUACCAUCCUAUUACUUGUUUCCCAUUUCAGAAACUAGAUCAAUGUUGAAAGCCAAAUCGAUUCAUGGUCGUUUUUAUUGUCUGGAUUGUUUUUAUUUUUCAUCAUUACGAACGACAGUUAACUCUCAAUUGCAACUAUUACCGAGGACUUUUUAGGCUACGUACUGGGAACAAUCGAAGCCCCCUGAAAAGGAGAUACAAACAAAAAUAAAUGUUCAUGCGUUAAGAGGAUCUCUUACUAUGACAUAUCCUCUAAGAGAAGAAACAGAACAAGACAGAAUGCCUAGAAAUGAAUGUUUAGUUGCUAUCCUCACCAGAUAGAGGGAUUGUAUGUUGCAUCAAAGGCUAGUAAAUGGUUGAUCAGGAAAAUAGUAUGCUCAAUAAUGUAUUGUGGAAACCUUAUCAAUCAGUGGUGGCUUGCCAUUAAAAUAGGUAACUGGUUUCAGGUAGCGAGUUUUUUGUUUAUCUUGUUUCUUCCAUCUAUUUUUGCUAUUGCUUGUUCACAGUUGCUGAUUUAAAAAGUUUGUAGUUACUUUAAUUGUCUAAAUAUUAUUCGCAGUGGAAGGUUUAACCAUCUUGAAUUCAAUGUCAUCGACUUUCUAAUGUGACGCUAUGGGAAUUUUUCUCAACCCAAAUGCUUGCUCUCUGCCUGUGUUCUUUGUUGUCCAGUGAUUUAAGAUUCAGCAACCUCAUUGCAGAUAUAUGAUUUGGGCAUUUCAUUAGUAUGCCAUCAAACUAUUGUUUGUUAAGCUGGCCGAUGGAGCAAGGUGAUGGCAUACUGAAGCCUACUUUUACAUGAUAUAUUUUUUGAAAAUUAAUAUGCACCGGAUUUCCCUUGCCCCGCCUUUUAGCCCUGGUCCCCCAAGUACUUGGCAUGCCUUGCCCUCUUACCCAUUUUCUCCUCGGCGUCACCCAUAUGAUGUUUUGAUAGCCAUGAAUUAAAUUUUGUGGUUUCCAUGAAAUGCGCUAGUGUAACAAUUCAAAUUUAUGGACAGAGUGAAAGAAAGAUGUAAGCUACUCAUGUUGAACAUAAUCGUUAUAUGAUAGAACUUGACUGGCUUUAAGGGAUUAUAUCCCUGGAAACAACAACUUAAGAUCUGGUGGGUGAAGAUGGUAUUAACGGGAUGGUGGGUGUGGAAUAUAUGGCAUGUAAAUGGUGGACCACCCAGUUUCAGUGAAUUUUCGUCCCUCAGAGAAAAGGGAUUUUCUAUUAUCAAGUUUCUACAUUAAUGGAUGAACUAAACUUCCUAUGUUUUGUGAAAAUGGUUUAAAUUGCCUUGUUUCAGUUAGUAUGAUAUGUGUUAAGAUGCACUUUCUCAAUGUACAUGUUCACCAGUUAUUUUCUUGGUGGGCCGGUGAAUGAUUGAUUAUUCCCCGUAAAGAUAAUUUUCUGUCUUGCUGGCAGUUUCAUCCUUGUUGAAUUUUCUGUGUUGAUCGAAAAUCUCAUCGAGUAUACUUUAAAUAAUUUCGGGGACGUUUUUUUGCUGAAUUCCCGCAGUCAUAGUAACCUUUUCUGCUGUUUAAUUGCUUUUUAAAUCACGCGCCUCUGAACUAUUGAGAAUGCAUGUUUCAGGUGGAGAUGUUUCAGAAAUUUCUGAGACAACUGACGAUUCUCUAUUUUCUCAAGUUAGGCAUCCCUCUGUGGCUCUCGUUCCCCCAAAUAACUUGUUUACCUCAAAGAGAGAUCAACUAAGAGAUCAACUAAGUGUAAAGAUACUUAGUCCGCCGAAUAACUACAUAACUGUUGAGAUGAAUGCAUCUCAAUCUUUGGCAUUUGCUUCUGCAAGCCCCUUACCUUCAAAACAUCCUUGUGAAGGCUUCUCAUUUUCGCCACCUCCAGUUGAUAGAAAACGCACAGGACCUCGUCGUAAGUUCUUCAAAACCUUAAAUACAUGUUAUUUUUUGCCAAUGUCGAUGAUGUUUCUGACAGUUCUUUUCUUUGUCUGUUCAGCAUGUCCUGUUUGUUACAUCCCUGUUGAGCAUGCUAUAGCUCUCAUGCCAUCUGCACCAUCAGUAUCUCCCGUACUGAAGUAUUUGACAUACUUUUCUGAAGAAGAUUCAACCAUUAAUGAAUCUAAUGGCGGUUCUUUAUUUGGUGGGCACCCGUCUUUAGAGCAAAGGAAUGAGACUUUUAAUAUUAAAGAAUCAAUGACUGUGCACUGUGGGUAUGACUCUACUUUUUUUGAUUUUAGAUGAAUGAAAAUAGCUCUUUUAUUGUAUGAAUCAUAAAGUGGGCCUCGCUCUCUAAGUCAGAAAGAACGGAGGGAAAUAGCUAUUCCCUUAGGUUGUAUUCCUUUUGGUUAUUAUAGUCCAUAUGAAUCCAGGGAAAUAUCGAAUAUUUCCUUUCACUUUUUCACUGCAUUUUUAUUAAUUUAGAUGUACUCGUUUUUUUGCAGGUUUUCUAAGGGAAAUAGGCCUGGAAAUGGCUGUGGAUUUGACAUCGACACUGGUGAUCUUCUUGAGAUGGAGCAAUGCCACGGUGUAGUUGUAGCAUCCGCCAUUUUCGGUAAUAUGAACUCUCAUUGUCAUUUCGGCAUUUCUUCUCGAAUAGAAGGACAAAUUGACCAUUUUAUUCUGUUCUUCUUCAUUAGGGAAUUAUGAUGUAAUGCAACAGCCCCAAAACAUCAGUGAAAUAUCAAUGAAGACGGUUUGCUUUUACAUGUUUGUGGAUGAAGAGACUGAGGCUUACAUAAAGAACUCCAGUACCUUGGACAGCUUGAACAAAGUUGGGUUAUGGCAGGUUGUGGUCGUCAGGAACCUUCCUUAUGUCGAUGCUAGACGCACUGGAAAGGUACCCUUGCUUCUGAAUUUCUUGUGAAUAAGUGUCUUCACUCCAAUUUCCAAGAUGGGAAAUAUACCAGCCUUCAAUUGUUGCAGAAAGUAAAUCGUUAUGCUUAUGUCACUGUAGUUUUUCUGGUAUAUUGUAAGUUUAAAAGCUGGAUGACUGCCGCUUGCCAAUAUCGGUUCUUACGUUGCUAGCCGAUUUCAUAAAUAAAAAUGCAAUGAAUAAUGUUAUUUUGGUAUCAUUUUUAUCUUUUGUGAGAGUUCUUCAAGCAUUUUGUAUCUCUGCAAUAGAUGAUUGCCUCUAGCCGAUAUCAAUUUAUUCAUCCGCCAGCUGAUUUCAUAAAUAAAAGCACAAAGAACUAUGCUAUGUUAGCAUCAUUUUUAGCUUUUGCGAGUAUUGAGUUUGCUUCUAUUCCUUCUUAAUCAGAGUUCAUUCUCUGAGAGCUUUUCUUCAAGCAUAGUGUAUAUCUUCGAUAAAACUUGGCCUCCUCUUCUCCUAAUCAGACGGUUAAUCCGAUCACUUAAAAAUAUAUAAAGAAAUAGAUUAUAUAUUUGAUUAAAAAAUCUCAGUUUCGAGACUUUGGUUGAAUCAUGAGGCAUAGCUAACAUCAUCCUUUCCUGUGAGCUUCCAUUCCUUCCUAUCAUAUUAUUAUUCUGAGGUCCCUGCAGCCAAGCUGCCUCAGGCAUUUUCUCCCAGUCACCCUGCUUGUCACAUUAUAUAUAUAUGUAUAUAUAUAAUUUUGAAUCCAUUUACAGCUGUGAAUAAUAAUGAUUUCAGAUUAUAUCAUUUCCUCCCUUUCAACACAACUCACAACCAGGUUCACAUAGCCCAUCCUUUUUCUGCCAUCACACAAAGAAGACCUCGUCAGAUCCGUUGCCACACUGUGAAUCCACAUGAUCCGCAUACGGCAUUCGUUUUUAUUUUUAUAAGGUCCUUACUCUUAUUGAAUGAGGCCACGUCACCUCUCAGCAGUUUCUCAAGUAUUCGGAUAAUGGCCCGACCCUGCUCUUGUGACUGUGAGUUUCGCUCAUGCUCACUCAACUUCUCCUCACAUCUUGCAUCCUAAGAGUCAACGAGAUGUUCUUUGAAGUUUGCUGAAGAGCUUUGACCUUUUAUUUUUAGAUGUGUCAAUAAAUAUUUAUUUUAGGUUGUGAAUGAUUUCCAGGUAUUUUCUGUGGAGUCUCCCCUCCAGCACUUUGCAUCAUCGUUGGUCAUUUCCUCACUGUGCAUAGUGAAUCUGCAGGUCCCAAAGCUUCUACUGCAUAGGAUCUUCCCAAACGCUCGAUAUUCUCUGUGGAUUGAUGGAAAACUUCAGCUUGUGGUGGACCCCUAUCAGAUUCUUGAGAGGUGCGUGGUCCUACGGCAUAUAUUUUGUUCGAAGUUUGUAAAUAUUUGUUCAUGAAAGAAAUUAAUUACAUGCCUUUAAGAAAUAUCUUUAACAUUGUUUAAACAGUGAUUUCUAAGAUAAUAUUCGUAUUUCUUAUUUUCUCAUUAUUUCUCGAAUAAAAACUCUGGAAAAUUAAUAAUCUACAUGAGGAAAUAACUUCAACAUGGUUUAAACAGUGAUUUCUAGGAUAAUAUUCAUAUUUCUUAUUUUCUCAUUCUUUAUCGAAUAAAAACUCUGAAAAAAUUAAUAGCCCACAUGAGGAAAUAACUUCAACAUGAUUUUAGGAGUGAUUUCAAAGAUAAUAUUUGUAUUUCUUAUUUUCGCAUUCUUUCUCGAAUAAAAACUCUGGAAAAUUUUCUUUAUUCUAUGCGAUUAUUCAAAGCAUGCUUAUUUAUUCGACCCUGAAGACACAAAUAUCUUUCUUCAUCUCUGCCCUAUGCAUGAGACUACUUCAUGGAGUAUGGAAUAUAUAUAUCGCCCUAUGCAGAUUCCUGUGGAGGAAGAACACCACCUUCGCCAUCUCGAGACACUACAAGCGCUUCGACGUUUUUGACGAAGCGGAAGCCAAUAAGGCCGCCGGAAAGUACGACAACGCGUCCAUCGAUUACCAGAUUCAGUUCUACGCGAACGAGGGGUUGACCCACUAUUCUCCGGCAAAGCUUCCCAUAACCAGCGGUACGCCGGCGGCAGUUUGCCUUUCUAUUCUUGUGGGUCCCUCUCUUCUCAUGGGAUGGCACUGAGAAAAGCUUCAAUCUUUGGCUCCCAGAUGUCCCCGAGGGCUGCGUGAUCAUCCGAGAGCACCUCCCCAUCACGAAUCUCUUCACCUGUCUCUGGUUCAAUGAGGUUGACCGCUUCACUUCGAGGGACCAGCUCAGCUUCUCCACGGUAAGGGACAGGCUAAUGGCACAAGUGGGCUGGAAGCUCGACAUGUUCUUGGACUGCGAGAGGCGCAACUUCGUCGUCCAGGUUAGUCUUCUUCUUCUUCUUCUCUGUAAUGCUCAUAAGCUGUAUUAUAUUCUACGGUGAUAAGAAUAAGCGUUGACAUUUUAAGCAGUCUUACCUCCUCUUCUUCUUCUUCUUCUGUACUGUCCGUAUACUAUAUAUAUAUAUAUGUAUUCUCUGUUGAGAAUACCUUUUAAUGGUAAGCGUUGACUUUUGGCAGUCUUACCAUCGGGACCUCUUGGAGAGCAUGGUGGUCCCGCCCCCUCCUUCCCCAAGUCGCCCGAGGCCGCCCAUUUUGCCGAGGACCGCGCUGGAGAGACCCGGAAAGUCAACGCCGACGAAGCUGCCGGCUAAGCGCGGGAGGGAGCGGAGACCGAGCUCCAGGCGCCACCGGAUGAGAGCCGCCGGCAGCAGGGACAGCGAAUGA